ACCAGCACCAUUGGACACGUCACAAUCUACCAGUGGCAGUGCACAUCAUCGGAGAAUGAGAAAUGCUGCGAGGAGUAAGAAGAAGCUUGUAGAAGGCCUGAUCUCUCCAAGUGAUGCUGGACCUUCUCCUUCAGUGUCAACCCCAGGUUCAUCAUUGGAUGAUACCAUGGACUGGGAUCAUUCUGGUGUCGUUGAUGAAAACAAUGACAGUCUUGACCCUGAUCACCCAGCCAUACCAGCUUCAAAGGGACCAGAAGAGGAGGCACAUUGCAAAUGUUGCAGAAAUGUCAGUACAGACUGAUCAGAUUGAUCUAAUUGCUGCCAUCGAAAAGGAUCAUACCUAUUCAAAGAAAGUUACAGCCGCUCUACAACCAUCCAAAAGUGCCAGCAGUCUUGCAGAGGUAAAGACCUCCAAGUCCAAGCCAGGUAGCAGACCAAGCCCUCCAGUUGUCACACCACCAGACAAUCAUGACAUGAAUGAGGAAGGAAGUGUUGCAAUGGAGGACGAUGCACAGGAUUUGGACAUGUUGGAUGUCAGUGUUGCAAUGGAGGACGAUGCCAAGGAUUUGGACUUUUCUCCGCCAACUGAGACUGAGAGUGAAAGCGACGCAGACUCCGAAUGCGAUCCAUCGGAUGAACCACCAGCAUCGACAAAUUUCGAAGACAUUCAAAAUUUUGUUCCACCAAUGAAUGCUGCAGAUGACCGCAAAUUUUUGGUUUUUGAAUCAUGCGUCGUCUCCUUAUUUAGAAAAUGCCAGAAAACAGGAUGUGCUGCAGAGGUCAGUGAGUUUAAAAGAACUGUGGUUGGGUCUAGACUUGUAGUUCAGACUAAAUGUACUGCUGGCUGCAACUUUACUUGGUCAUCCCAACCUACUCUGAAUAGAAUGGGUGCUGGUAACCUGCUGUUGUCUGCAGCCAUCCUUUUUUCUGGCAAUACCUAUGCCAGAUUACAAGAUAUUUCAGAUUAUCUGAAAUUGCCUAUACUCAGUUGGAGUCAGUUCUUUGCACUGCAGAAGUGCUACCUUUUCCCCGUUAUCAAUGAAACGUGGAAGUCGUGCCAAUUUGGUGUGGUGAACGACUUGAGUCGAGAGUCCAACAUUGUUUUGUCUGGAGAUGGUCGUUGUGACCGCCCCGGCCACUCGGCAAAGUAUGGGACAUAUUCUCUGAUGGAUGUCAACACCGGUCUCAUUGUCGAUUUUGUUGUGCUAAAUAAGGCAGAUCCCCAGGUGAAGAACUCCAAUGCAAUGGAGCCAAUGGGACUCAGAAUGUGUCUUGAAAACAUGAAGAAAUGGAACAUCUCUGUCAACAUUCUGACCACUGACAGGCACAUAACUGUGCGCAAAAUCAUUAGGGUAGAAUUUCCAGAAAUUACACACCAGUUCGAUCUUUGGCAUUUCUGCAAAAGUAUCCUCUACCACACAGCCAACAUUCAUGUGUGGAAAGACAAGAAAUUCUUUCAUACUUGUCAACAUCCCCCCCCUUGGUGA